AAUAUUUCAAUUUCAUUUUUUUCAGAUUGGUUAUCCAUGGUUUAUAUGUUAGCAUAUAUUCCACUUAUAGUACCAGCCAACUUGUUGCUUGAUCGAAAAGGUUUGCAUGUCAUGGGGAUGAUAGGAACAAUCCUGAAUGCUCUUGGAGCUUUUGUCAAAUGCUUUGCCAUCAGUCCAGAAAGAUUUCCAGUGAUCAUGCUUGGUCAGAGUGUCAGCGCUGUCGCCCAGGUUUUCAUCCUGGGCCUGCCAGCUCGUGUAGCAGCCGUCUGGUUCGGUUCCAACGAAGUCUCCACUGCAACUGCUAUUGGUGUCUUUGGUAAUCAGAUUGGUUGUGCGCUAGGUUUCUUCAUUCCACCUAUCAUAAUUUUACUGUACACCGGUGCUUCCAUAUCUUGCUUUCUUUUCAUACUUGUUGCCAUUUGUAAGUCGUGUUUUUUUUCUUGUUUUUUUUUCUUGUUUUUUGUUGAGAAGCCGGACAUCCCACCGAGCAUAGCACAGAUGGUUGUCCACUCACUUGAUCUCGAUAGGUCCAGCUCUCAGGUCACCAAUUAUUUCCUGUCACUGAAAAGACUCUUGAAGAAUGUUCCAUUUUGUGUACUGCUGGUUACAUAUGGUAUAAACACCGGUUCAUAUUACGCCAUUGGAACGCUAUUGAACCCUAUCGUCUUGAAUUAUUUUCCAUCAGAACAGUUGAAUGCUGGUAGAAUUGGUCUAACAUUAGUUAUGGCAGGAGUUCUAGGUUCCCUUGUUUGUGGCCUCUGGCUUGAUAGGACCAAGUGGUACAAGUAA